UCCUUCCUUGCUUCAACAUUCCAUCACCUUGGAAUAUGGAUGUGGAAGGAGUUUUCCAACAUGCUUCAUCCUCUGCAUCUUGCCCCAGUUUCCUACAUUCCUUAUCUGAAAUAGUACCCCAAGGUGCCUUGAGAUCUCCUUCACAAAUACUGCAGAGCACAUUACAAGUUCUUACCACAGUCAUGACGAGGGAUGUCAUGAACAUGCUAGCCCCGACUCUGCAAACAACAGGGGAUUUAGAGGGGCAAACGGACCAGCAGCCGAUACCACAGCAUCUCUUUGGCAGACCUUGCUCAGGUGAUCCCACGCAGAUUUCAGUAAGCAAGGAUAUUGUAAUGGGUUCCCCUUAUCCUUCACUGAACCCAGUGGAUUCCGCCUCAGAUGAUUACACCAUCCUGGUUACUGUAUUAGUCAUUCGACUACUUUCUAAGUUGAAUGAUCAAGAGUCACUUUCUGAUGAUAUGUUAGACAUAUGUAGAGUGCUAAUUAACAGGGUAAUUACAGAAAUUGAUGCUGCCUUGGGCAUAGCGAAAAGUAUGGCCUGUCUAUAUGACGUGAGCAUUAAAAAAGUAUUUAGAGCCGUUUACAAUGAUCUCAUGCAUGAGUUUGGCAGUAAGGACAUUCUCCUGAAUGUGAUGAUGUCAGAGGAUCCUUGUUUUGAGUCUCUGGUCACAUCCCUAACACGUGAAUUCAUGCAAACCACUAUUUCGCCAAAUCUAAAGGAAGAGAAGACCAAGAAGCGGACACUUAGUUUCCUACCAAAACUAUCAAAAAUCAAGGCCUUUUUUCAUAUCAAGAAAUCAAAGUCAGGCAGUAGUAGAAAGGAGCAGUCCAUCAACGUGGAUCAGAAUCCGACAUCGGCUCAUGUUGAUCCAGCUGUCCUAUGUGCAGAGUGCUUACCUUGUGGUGCACCAGUUUCCUCCAGUGACAAGACUAUCACCAUCGCUUCAUCAGAGAAGAACGCUCACAAGGGCUUUUUCUCCAGAAUCAUCUCUAGUUUAUCUAGAAAAUCCCCAAAGAUACACCCAGAGGCACUUCAUUAA